UAAUAUAUAUUUUUAAAACUGUUAUUUAUUAUUCGUGUGACUGCGGCGACGGUUUCUCGUGUGUUUCUCGGUGCUCCGCUCGUGCAAGUACAGCGGACCAGUAGUACAGAAGAAGUGUUUUGCUACUCGCCUGGUCGCCUACUUUGUGAGGUGCAACCUGGUGCUCUUUUAUGCUGAGUGUGUCUCUGCUCUGCUGAACGACGGGCCGCGCUGCCUACUACAACUGCUCGCAGCAAAAAGCACCAACCAAUUCGAUUAUACCGCCGAGUACUUUUGCACCUUGGCAAGGAGGAAAGCCCCGAAAAGAAAUCGCAACAAGAAAGAAGUGGCCGGUCCGUUUUCGGAAUUGAAUUGCUGCCGCUAGCAAAUAGGGGGGAAAUAAAAUCCCCAAAACAGAUAGAGAUUUCAGUCGUACAAUUGGCAUACGCGCGCCUACACACGAAUUGAAGUUUUUGAGCCGUUCCCGGUUUUUUGUUUGUGUUUUUAUUUCGGAAAUAUGCGAGUGAGAACAAAAAUGUGGAAAAGUAGUGAGGAAAAAUGAUUUUACGGUGUGAUGGUGGUUCGUUCGGUUUUACAAAGGUGAAAUGAGAAAGAAAUAAUUACUUGUGCAAACUGAAGAGGUGCUAUAGUUUUGUUAUGAUUUUUUUUUUUCGUUCAACUGAAGCGAAAUGAAGAAUUGGCAGAAAAUAUGAGAAAACAAGUUUGAGUGGAAAAAAAGAAGUCGGUACCGCCUUGUCAGAUGAUUGAAGGUGCUAGCUGAGGUAGAAGAAGUAGUGAUUGAAUUCCUUUUUUUCGGUGCUUGAAGAUAAUUGACCACUGCGGAAAAGUGUUGCGUGUACGCAAAGAUAUUAUGGACAGUGCAAUGGAUUCGGCAUCGACGGCCAGUGAUCACAGUAUAGCGUCGUCAAACGACUCCCGUGGACGCAAUCUGUCUUCUCCUGCGAUGCCCCAUACGCACAACGGUGGUAGCCAUGCCAUGGACAAAACUCGAACCCCAACUCCGGUUAGCCCGGUGCAGCAUAGCCACAACUCGAGUCUGAAUCACGUUUCCGGCCGGCAGAUGGCUACUAGUCCCUUGGGAGCAACACCACAGCAGAUGAUGGGCAUGCCACAUCCGUUGAGUCCACCACACGUUUCGACGCCCACUUCAAUGGGUAUGGUCGGAAUGCCACCACGGAUGGCCGGAAAUCUAACGCACAUCCCGCCACACGGACUUGGAUUGCUAAACUCCUUCAUGCACCAUGCUAGCCCGCUAGAUCUGAUGGCCGCUGCCCAUCAUCAUGUCCCUCCCCGAUCGUACAAUAGUCCACCACCGAUUUCGAGCUCCGAUCCAACGGCAAACGAGUGCAAACUGGUCGACUACCGAGGCCAGAAAGUGGCUGCCUUCAUCAUCCAGGGCGAAACAAUGCUCUGUCUUCCGCAGGCUUUCGAGCUGUUCCUGAAGCAUCUGGUCGGUGGUCUUCAUACGGUGUACACCAAGUUGAAACGGCUGGACAUCGUGCCGCUGGUGUGCAACGUCGAGCAGGUGCGGAUACUACGGGGUCUCGGCGCUAUCCAACCCGGAGUCAACCGGUGCAAGUUGCUGGCGUGCAAGGACUUCGAUGUCCUCUACCGUGACUGCACCACCGCCAGAUGCUUAUCGAUAAAACCACCUGAGAGUAACUCUCUGCUAUCGCACAGCUCUAGGCCCGGCAGACCACCGAAACGAGGCCCUGUGGGACUUUCGAUGCCGGCGUCGCACAUGUCGCACCAUGCCGCCGCAGCCGCCGCCGCCUCGCAGAUCAAAAAGCACCGGCUCGACAACGGCGAGUUCGUCUACGAGAAUGGACAUCUGAACGGAUUAACCAAUGGAAACAAACAUGAUUUCUACCUUAUCUCCACCGGAUCAUCAGAUAUCUCACGGUUGGACAAAUCACCCCUGCUAUCCAAUGGAUACAACGCUCCCCCGACGCACUUGAACCACAUUCCGUUCAUGCAAAUGAAUCCUCAUCCUGGUGGUGCCCACCCGCUGAUGAGCCCCGGUGUGAAUCCACACGGAAUCCCACGACCAGAUGGGUCAAUUAUCAAGGGACAAAACAUCCCUGGAAUGGAGGCUAUUGCGAGAGCUGCAUACGAGGACAUUGUCAAGCACCUGGAGCGGUUGCGUGAAGAACGAGGCGAGGACAGGACCGUCGGUCUGGAUCCGAAACCACGGGAUCUGAGUUCUCAGAGUGCUCCUCCACCGGAUUCACCGAACGGAGCCAGUCCGGUGCUGAAUUUGUCCAAAUCCGGCGGCGAUCAGGCCAGUGGUGGCGCCCCCAGUGAGCGGAGUAAUCAAAACUCGCCCGAACCCUCGGUGCACGAAGAGGACGAAAAUAUCAGCGAAGCCAACAUAUCGGACACCGAGGAACCUAUCGAGAAAGAAGAAGACAUCAGCGACUGCGAGAGGGACAUUUCGUCACCUGUUCCGGCGACGGUUCCGGUUUCGCAGGACAUGGAAAGUCGCCAGCAAGCGCUCAACUAUUCGAGUCUAGCAGCGACGGCAGCCGCCGUUGCCGUGGGUAACGUCCCGACGGCACAGGACCCGACGCUAUCAUCGACGGAGACGCUGCUGCGGAACAUCCAAGGGCUGCUGAAGGUGGCGGCUGACAACGCGCGGCAGCAGGAGCGACAAACGAGCUACGAGAAGGCCGAGCUGAAGAUGGACGUAAUUCGAGAGCGCGAAGUCAAAGAUUCCCUGGAACGCCAGUUGGCCGACGAAAAGCGACUCCGAGGGCUUUAUCAAAAACGAUUCAAAAAGGAGCGUCGAUUGCGAGUUCAGCUGAAAGAGCGAUUAGAUGCCGAGCGGAAACGUCGCACUCAGCUGGAAGAGAUUAUCAAAGCCUCCGGAGCACCAGCCGAAGCGUUGCGGAUUAUCGCAGAAAACAUCAGCAAUGACCAGCAGCGUGAGAAGGAGCGGGAACGCGAACGAGAAGCGGAAAGGGAACGGGAAAAGGAGCGCGAAAAGGAACGCGAACGGGAGAAGAACCGCGAGAAGGGGCGUGAUGAUCGGGAACGGUGCGAUUCGGACCGAAUGCGGGAUCGGGACUCCGACAGGGAGCGGAGUCGGGAACGGCACGAACGGGACCGGGAUCGCGAGAGAGGAUCUUCGGUGGAACGGUUUUCCAAGGAGGGCAGCCCGGUCGCGUGCAGGGGGGCCAGUCAGGAAGUAUCACCCCCUCAGCCACAGGUUCCGGAAGGGAAGCCGUGGAACUAUCCGGGACUUGACAUCAUGGCGACCGGUGCGUUCUGGCAGAACUAUUCCGAAUCCUUGGCUCAAGAGUUGGAACUCGAGCGCAAAGUGCGACAACAGGCGGCCGAAGGCGAAGUCAAAGGGCCACUCCAAGAUCGUUCCAAUUACUACAAAAACUCCGUACUGUACAGCAGUGCCACUUAGUUCCAGCAAUUAUGGCUAAUCUUUUCAUCGCUCUCAACAAGCGCAGCACUUGUUCUUCUACUGCAGCUCCUCUCGCAGCAGGCCACGUUGUGGUCGUACAGUGUCGCGUUGGUCACUGUUGCCAUUUAGCUUCCACUGCUCGCUGGCGUCAUGGCCAACCUCGACGCUGGGCAAAAUGUACGUGCAAUUAUACUACUAGAGGAAAGGAUGUGAGUAAACUCGAGAGAACGAGAAAAAAAUACAAUUCGAUAUCAGUGGAAGAAAAAUGAGUGAGUGCACACGCGGCAUCACGUGCAGCGGCAUCAUUUCCGAGGUUCUACUUUUAAUUUACUCCACUGAUUGGAGCUAUUGCUGGAAAUAUACGAAUCACACAGCUUAUGCUUGUGUGUGUAUCUGGAUGGAUGGAUAGAGAACGUUUGAACUGAAACCAAGAUUGUAUAAUGAUAGAUGAACAUGUAUUUAUUAAACUCUUAAUGAAUGACUAAUUUAAAACAAGAAGAAGAAACAUGACAGAACUAGAAUAGAUAAGUUUUACUGUCCCACAUUUAUAGAAUCGAAAUCAACAGUUGUGAAAUCAUUGCAAAAUAGAAUAGAACAGGAUCUCAAAGCAAACAAUAUGAAAUUGCACACUGAAAAAAAAAGAGCCGAUACGAUUUCUUUUCUACAAUUUGACAUUUUGUACAUUUUGGUAAUCAUUCGAAAAGUGCAAAAACUGUAAUCUGCAUAAAACUGAAGCGAGAAUUUUGUUUUACAACAACUGACUUAGCACAAAUAUGUUUCGUUUCGUUAGGCCUCCUUUGACGAAUAAUCAUUUUGAGGCUGCGCGAAGCAGGCAUUGACAAGAAAUCCGUUCAUUUCGUCUGUCAUAUUUCUUAGCGAGAAAAGUCAAACUUUCUUUUUUUUAACAAAGCCGUACUGUAAAAUUGAUAUAUACAAAGAAAUUCGUAAUACAACAUUAACUCGUACUUAAGGAAAUGUGAAUAGUUUCGUGUUUUCUGAAAAAAAAAAAGAAUCUUAAACAUACAGAGGUAAGUCAUAGACAGAAAUUCUUGCAACUCACGAAUACACUGAUAUAAGAAAAUGACACACUUACAAGCAGACACACGUCGUGAAAGUACUUAGUAUUUUUCCGGGUUAAUUUCUUCCAGAUAAUCUAUGUUUAUAAAUCAAGCAUUAGAAAAUACAACCAAGUGAUAGUGAUCGUUAGCGUAAAACAAUUAUACAUAGAACCAUCUCGGGAAGCAAAUCUUAAUUUACGACGCUGAACACUGCUGUUUUAGUUUGUGUUUUACUAUAUUUUAGGUAGAAUUAUUUUUAAUGAUAAUUUUUUGUACAAAGUUCAAUCGCAACAGGCACAAACUCACCCAUACAAACAAAAGCCACCCUUAUGCAAAGUGCAGAUGGGGUGGUCCCACUUUUUUAUAGAUAUAUUUCUCUUCCCGCAUUUAUAUGUAAAACCAAAAUAGUAACAAGCGCAAACGGAUUGUGUCGACUUUGACUUUUAUUUAUUAUUUGUAUUUUAGAAUCCAUUUAGCAAAACAAGAAGAAAACAAUCGCUAUUUAUCAAGCAUAUAUUGUAUCUAUAAAUAAACGUAAACGUAACUGGAAAAUUCAAUUCACUGUAGGGCAGGCGUGGUUGGUGGUAAGAAAAAAAAACGGAAAAAGCAAAAAAAAAAGAUUAAAUAAACACGACCCGGUGACACGUUAAAUUAUUCGCAACGAAUAAUUUCUGUUUUUCUAUGUAUGUAAGGGCUUAUUGUUAAUGGUGAAGAAGAAAAACAUAAAAAAAACACUGGUAAUCAAACAUGUCGAGUGCAAAUUAUUUGAGAAAACAAAAAUGACGAACAACAGACACAAAUCAAUAUCCAACAGAAAAAAAAAUCAACACAAUCCCCAACCCCAGCAAAACAUAGAUUCCACUUUUGUAACAGAAAAAUGAUAUCGAUAUGUAGAAACAUACACAACAACAAAAGCAACAUCGGAAAGAAAUAAAAUGAAUCAUGCUGUAAAAUGGAAUGCUCUGUGCUCUUUAGAACGGUCAAAUAAAAUACCAAAAUAU